AGCCAUGGGAAGACUGAGACCCACCGCUUUAGAGAAUUCCAUAAGACCUAGUGACGUUCUCCUUCAAAAAUACAUCAGAGCCAGGCACCACAGAAUCCCGUCUCCAGCAUGUGGAGCUGCCAGGUGCACCAUCUUGUCAAGUGUCAAGAUGAACCCAGCAGACUGGAAGGCAGUCAGGUUCAGACAAUGAAUUACGUGGGGCAGUUGGCCGGCCAGGUGUUUGUGACCGUAAAGGAGCUCUACAAGGGACUGAACCCUGCCACGCUGUCAGGAUGUAUCGACAUCAUCGUCAUCCGCCAGCCCAACGGCAGUCUGCAGUGCUCCCCUUUCCACGUCCGCUUCGGGAAGAUGGGUGUCCUGCGCUCCCGGGAGAAAGUGGUGGACAUAGAAAUCAACGGAGAGUCUGUGGAUUUGCACAUGAAGCUGGGAGACAAUGGAGAAGCUUUUUUCGUUGAAGAGACGGACAAUGAUCAGGAAGUCAUCCCCAUGUACCUGGCAACGUCCCCUAUCCUGUCGGAAGGAGCGUCGAGAAUGGAAAGCCAGCUGAAGAGGAAUUCCGUGGAUAGGAUCAGGGGUCUGGACCCCACCACUGCUGCCCAGGGCCUGCCUCCCUGUGACUCCCAAUCUACGGGUUCUCUGGGGAAGAAGAGAAGGAAAAGGAGGAGGAAGUCUCAGUUGGACAAUCUCAAAAGAGAUGACAAUGUUAACACAUCUGAGGAUGAGGACAUGUUUCCCAUAGAGAUGAGCUCCGAUGAGGACACAGAGGGAAGCAGAACUCUUCCUACUGAUGUGCCAUCAUUCCAAGACGAUAUUCCUAACGAAAACCUCCCCUCAAUUUCAACAUAUCCCCAGUCAGCGUCAUACCCCAAUUCGGAUAGAGAGUGGUCUCCCAGCCCCAGCCCUUCAGGCUCCCGGCCUUCAACACCAAAAAGUGAUUCUGAGCUGGUCAAUAAGUCUGCUGAUAGGUUGAUGCCGAAGAAUAACCUGGAAAUGCUCUGGCUGUGGGGUGAAUUGCCACAGGCUGCAAAGUCAUCUCCUCUGCACAAGAUGAAAGAGGGCAGCCCCUUAGGGGGUCGGAAGAUCGCUGAUAAAAUUCACUUUCAGACCAUCCAUAGUGAGUCAUCAGACACUUUUAGUGACCAGUCGCCAACAGUGGCCCAGGGGCCGCCCGUCCACCAUAGCAAGGCUCAGAUGGAAAUGCAGUUUGUGAUCGAGGAGGAUCUUGAGGCCUUAGGAGCUGCGGCCCCACCUUUACCAGUGGCCGAAGAGCUCAAGCCCCCAGCUGCCAGCACAGCACAGCACAGCAAGACAGAUUCGCCUUCCAGGAAAAAAGAUAAACGGAGUCGACACCUUGGAGCUGAUGGCGUUUACCUGGAUGACCUCACGGACAUGGACCCUGAAGUGGCUGCACUGUAUUUCCCCAAGAAUGGAGAUCCUGCUGGGCUCCCCAAGCAAGCGAGUGACAAUGGAGCCAGGUCAGCUAACCAGUCCCCACAGUCGGUGGGCAGUUCGGGCAUUGACAGUGGCGUGGAGAGCACCUCGGAUGGCCUGAGGGACCUGCCAUCCAUUGCCAUCUCCCUCUGUGGUGGCCUCAGUGACCACAGAGAGAUCACUAAAGAUGCGUUUUUGGAACAAGCCGUGUCAUAUCAGCAGUUUGCCGACAACCCUGCUAUCAUCGAUGACCCCAAUCUUGUGGUCAAGAUUGGUAAUAAGUAUUACAAUUGGACAACAGCAGCUCCGCUACUUCUGGCGAUGCAGGCUUUCCAGAAACCUUUGCCAAAGUCUUCAUGCCUCGGUUACCUCCACGUGAUUGUGGACGCCAUUAGGUUCUGCCUUUCUAAAAUUUUCAGCCCACCCACAGCCACUGUGGAAUCCAUCAUGAGAGAUAAGAUGCCCAAAAAGGGAGGAAGAUGGUGGUUUUCCUGGAGAGGAAGAAAUGCCACAAUCAAAGAGGAAAGCAAGCCUGAACAGUGCCUGCCGGGGAAGGGCCACACUACCGGAGAGCAACCCUCACAGCUCAGCCUGGUCGCCAGAAUAAAGCAUGAGUCAUCCUCCAGUGAUGAAGAGCACACAGCUACCAAGCCAUCAAGCUCAAGCCACCUCUCCCUUUUAUCCAACGUCAGCUACAAAAAGACCCUGAGGCUCACAUCAGAUCAGCUGAAAAGCUUGAAGUUGAAGAAUGGCCCCAAUGAUGUGGUGUUUAGUGUCACCACCCAAUACCAGGGCACCUGUCGCUGUGAAGGCACCAUCUACCUGUGGAACUGGGACGAUAAAGUCAUCAUCUCAGACAUUGAUGGGACCAUCACAAGAUCUGAUACUCUUGGUCACAUUUUACCCACGCUGGGAAAGGAUUGGACUCACCAGGGCAUUGCAAAGCUGUACCAUAAAGUAAGCCAGAAUGGCUACAAGUUUCUCUACUGUUCAGCUCGUGCCAUUGGCAUGGCAGACAUGACGAGGGGCUACUUGCACUGGGUCAACGAGAGGGGCACGGUGCUGCCACAGGGGCCGCUUCUGCUCAGCCCAAGCAGCCUUUUCUCCGCCUUGCACAGAGAAGUGAUUGAAAAGAAGCCAGAAAAGUUCAAAGUCCAGUGUUUGACAGACAUCAAAAACCUGUUUUUCCCAAACACAGAACCCUUCUAUGCUGCCUUUGGGAACCGGCCUGCUGAUGUGUAUUCCUACAAGCAAGUGGGAGUGUCCCUGAACAGGAUCUUCACUGUCAACCCCAAGGGUGAGCUGGUGCAGGAGCAUGCCAAGACCAACAUCAGCUCGUAUGUGAGGCUCUGCGAAGUGGUAGACCACGUGUUCCCCUUGCUGAAGAGAAGCCAUUCCUCCGACUUCCCCUGUUCAGACACUUUCAGUAACUUUACCUUUUGGAGAGAGCCGCUGCCGCCCUUUGAAAACCAGGACGUACAUUCAGCCUCAGCUUGAUGUGACCAAGCCUUAAAGGAUAGGUUGUGGGGACCCUGGAGCUGCUGGGAAGGUUGAUCUGCGGCCAUCUGCCUAAGAGAGAAGCAUUUCUCCCUUGACUCACUCGCCCCCCGGGGGGCGCUCUAAGCAUGGAAGGCAGAUGGAGGCCGCAUCUCAUCCCCUAAGCUGCAAGAGGAUUGGGUGCACGAGUCGUGUGCAAAGCAGUUCUGUGUCUGGGUUUAACAUGCAUGAUGCUGCACCCUCCAGUCUGUUCCAGCAAUUAGUUAAUGUGCAAUACGGGUGAUGACCCCUUAGCAGAGGAGGGCAGGCCACCCAAGAGCCGUCUCCAUAUCAUCGUGCCCGCCACCCUGGGAACUCUGACGUGCACAGUGUUUGGUAGCAUAAGGGGCACAUUCCCAUGACAGUGACACCCAUGCCACCUUCCACACACAGGGACAGGCUGUAUCCCGAAUCUGAGUGCUCUGAAGGGAACCUGGGCCUCGCUGCAUCUCGGCCCUGGCCUCGGUGUUUGGCUUUGUAGCCGCUCCCUUUGCAGUAUUGCCGACUUAGUAUCACUUUGGGUGAUAAGCUCUUUAAUUGCUUUGGUGAGAGGUGGCCUGUGAGACCGCUGCACCUCUCCCCAUUCCUCAUAGCUCAAGGCUGGGCUACUUAAGCCUUAACGCACCUGCAGCAGGCAUUUUCUUAGCCGUGCCCUGUCUAGCUCUCCAUAACUGCAAUGCCUUACGUUAGAGCGGCAGUCCCUAAGGCAACGUCUGUGGCGUCUCACCACCUCCUGCGUCCUGCCGCCCAGCAAGGAGGCGCUGCCAAUGUGGACUUGAGCAGCGCUUAUGCCAAACGAGAACAAUGCUGCUAAAGAAACUUUUUUUUUUUUUAAGAAAAUGUAGUUUCCAGAAUUUAAAACUAUUUUCUUUGCAGAUAUUAUUUAUUACUUUACUUUAAUUGGGCUGCUGUUGUGAGCAUCGCAGCCAGACCCUUAGGAUUGCAGCUGUCAUGAAUACAUUAAAGGUUAAGUGUGCUAGACAAUCCAAAGAGCCUUAUUCUGUGUAUGUCACACACUGAUCUUCUGGAAUUUCCGAAUCAUUAAUUUUUCUUAGCUUCCCCCCCGCCCCACACUCAGUCUAAGGGCAGGGGGAAAAACAGUACUAAUUUGAGUGAUGUUCUUUAAGCUGACAGAGGGUAGUUGUUGAACUGUCCCAGAGAACAAUGUGAAAAGCAAAAUAAAUAUUUCGGUAAAAGAUUUUGCUUUACUUUGGGAAGUAUUAUUUUUUUAAAGAGCGUUUAGUCCAGAUACUGAAAGACCUUCCUAUUUAAAUUUUGUUGUUAGAGUCAGAGGAGACAAAAAAAAAAAAAAAAAAAGGGUUGAAAAAAAAGGCAGUAGAAUGGACUGUUACUCUUUCUAUGAAAGAAAACUCAGAGUCACUGCCAUUGUUGUAGUUGUUGGUCUCUGCUUAGGUUGGGUGUAGCUCACAGGAAUGGACAAUGAAAGCCAGAGGUCAUCUGCUGUGGACCACAGGCCAAUGGAGAAACGGACUUGAAUGUGCAGGUUCCGUUCAGGUAGUAAGGAAAGUAAUUAAGCAUAGUCCUGCCUUAGGGAGCUCCUGGCUUGUUCUCUAGUGACUUUUAGAGGCCAUGUUAACCCUUCUGCCACCGGGAUGGUGGUUUUGAGUGUAUUUCGAUUGCUGUGGACUGUAUGAAUUCAUCAGCCUUGCAGAAGUUCACAGCCUUCUCCCUCAUGCCCAGGAGAAGCUUUGAAGUAUCCCUUCAUCUGUCCUCUGCAGUCCGCAUUCUGAGAGCAUGCCAGGGCCUGAGCCAGGGUCUGUCUUCCAGAACCAAGACUGGUCUGCAACACACUGUCUCAAACACACAGCAAUGCUUCCCCCUGGCUUGGGAAUCUAGUUUUGUUAUACCUUAAACUUCUACAUCACUCUAACCUGAAACAGAGCAUACCUUCCACGAAAACCACACUCGAGGAUGUGUGCACAAGCCUUGUCCAGGUAGUGAUGUGAGCACCCGCCUUGAUGCUCCCGUGUGAGAUCGGAAUGUGAGCUGCACCCAGGUCCACUCAAGUUGCUUAUCAGCAUAUGCAGUAUAAUGGGUGGGGAGGUGAUGGGGCCCACAGGGCCCAAGGGCACAUGCUAGGGUGCUAUAUUGAUACCACACAUUUCAAAGUUGCUUGUGGAAAUGAGUGACUUGCUGCAUAGUGACAUGUCCUCAAAUGGAUCACAUAUGAUGAAGGAGAAUCCACGUGGUGCAUUGCAGAGACAUGCUUCUGUUGUCACAGAGACUUCCCCUUUGGAUUUCAGGUUUUGAUCACUACUGCAAUAUAUUUUAUUUACAAGGUUGGCUGUAUGUCUGUGAAUGCUGGUGCAAUGAUGAAAAUCAAUGUAUUAUUGUGUUGUGCUUGAUGAAGAGCUAGAAAUUUCUGUAAUAAACAAGAUGGAUGAAAAACUUCUGAAAAUCAGACAUGA